AUGGCUCAAGAAGCUGAGACCAGAGUGCCAGAGCUUAUGGCCAUCAUAGUGACCUUCUUUGCCAUAUCAUUCAUCUCUUGUGCAUUGCGAUUCUACGUUCGACUUUUCAUGAUCAAGGCGUUCAAAGGAGAUGACUGGUUAAUGCUUGUCGCUAUGGUGUUUUACACUAUGUAUGCCUCUUUCUUUAUUUACGGCCUUACCCAAGGGAGUGGUCGACAUAUGGAGGAUCUCAGUCUGGAGCAGAUCCACCAAACCAUGAUGUGCUGGUGGCUUGGUUACAUUUGGUACAGUCUCACUAUGAUGGCCUGUAAACUCUCCAUUGGCUUCUUCUUGCUCAAUGUAGCAACUCGCAAACUACACCGAUGGAUCAUCUACAUAACCAUGUUCUGUUCUACAGUCUCUGGGAUUCUCUUCUUCUUUAUCUCCAUAUUCCAAUGUCAGCCUAUAUCUUUUGCUUGGUACAAAGAUCAGCCAGGCAAAUGUAUCGGCCUCCACGUCACUCUUUCUCUGACGAUCAUGUACAGUAUCACUGCUGUUGUUUCCGAUUUCAUCUUUGCACUUCUCCCAGGACUUAUCAUCUGGAAGCUGCAGUUAAAAAAGAAGACAAAAUACUCCCUGAUACCUCUUCUGGCCAUGGGCUGUGUUGCAAGCGCCGCUGUCGUAGCUCGAUUCCCAUACCUUGCUGGGUUUAAGGAACCUGACUGGCUCUGGCACACCAUCGAUGUUGCGAUAUGGUCAAUAAUUGAACAAGGAUUAGCAAUAACUGCUACCAGCUUGGCAACGCUACGACCUUUAUUCAAACUCGCAGGAUAUCAUCUGGGCCUUGCCAGUCAACCCACAACAUUCAGCACAUCUGGCCACAAGCGCAGUAUCGGAUCUGGAAACCAUGGCGGCCUUGUUGGACGCUUUUCGGGGCGUGAAGCUUUCUCGCUUCCGUCUAUUAGUCACCCAGAAGCUGCAGAUAAAAGAAAGAUGGGCUUCAACUCGAGGUUCCUACACGAUAGCGAAGCUGGCAUCAGAAGGGAGAUAAAAUGGGAGGUCAAUCUGUCAACUCACUUUAGGAGUGAAAGUGAGGCAGAGCUGCGUUCUCCCAAUGCUUGGAGUAACAGGCAUGAUAGCCCGCGGGUUUAG